AUGAGUCCUCCAGAGAUACGAAAUUACUUGAGCCUUGCAGAUAGGGAUGAUGUGGUCAUCGCACAUUUACUCCGGGAAAAAAUCAAGAGAUCUCUAACACGCAGUUGUUGGGAUAAGAAACCAUACGUGCCUAUCGACGUUAUUAUGGACAUAUUUCGACCAGCCAUUAUCAAACCAUUGAUAGACGAGAUCAACGCGACGAAAAAGUAUCGGUACAUUGACGCAGUCCAAAUUAUGGGCAACAAAGAUUCUGGAUCUCGAUACCGUAUUCUAGGUAUCCUCAUCCAGAUGCAGCAAUUAGAUCUUCUUCAUCGCUUCAUCGAAGAAGGAGUGUCGGAUGACGAUUUCCCGAUCAUAAACGAAUCCGAGGAUUUCGAAACCUGUAUCACACGGAAUGAUAAGAAGAACACUACACUCUUACGGGAUUGGGGCUCGAAUAAUUCGAUUUUACUGCCCUGGUCGAUAUAUCAGCGAAUAGCAAGUGGGCUUGCCUAUGUACACAAAGUGCAGAUACAUCCGAGCCAUCAUCAUUACAAGAGCCCUCGUCCGACCGACUCAUCGCCCUGUUUUGCUCUGAAAACGAUCGAGGCGCCAGGUCAAAGGACCUUUGAGGAAGAACUUGAAGCUCUUAUAAGAUCCAGCGGACAGAAGCAAAAGGAGAAACACUUGAUUAAGUUACUCCUGAUGUUUAGUUGCGGAAAUAAGUUCUAUCUUAUGUUCGACUGGGCAGAUGGUAACCUCAAAAAGUUUUGGAAGAAUAAUACCUUCGACAUAACCACCAAGAACACCAAUUGGUUAUUUACGCAGUUCCAUGGCAUUGUGAAGGCAGUCAGACGUAUUCAGGGGCGCACAACGUGGCAGAAAAACCGGAGGUCUCUUCUCCCCAACUUCGAGCAAGAUAAGGAGCGAGACUGGGGUCGUCACGGGGACAUUAAACCGGAGAAUAUUCUCUGGUUCUCUCAGUACGACGAUUAUAUCAAUCACCUUGUGGUAUCAGACCUUGGCCUGACUCGUUAUCACACCCGUAAGACAAGACCGAAUGUCCCUCUAUCAAAAGUUCCGGGUUACACAUCCGAGUAUCGAGCACCUGAAUUAGAGCUUCGUUCAUGGAUAUCCCAGAAGUACGAUAUAUGGUCGCUUGGUUGCGUCUACCUCGAGUUCUGUAUAUGGUAUCUGCGAGGUAAUUGUGGUGUGGGGCAAUUUGGAGCACAGCAUGUUGAUGAAAAGGAAUCCGAUGUUCUAGGUUUGUACGAGGCAAGGUUUUUCAACAUUGUCACCGUUUCAGAUGGGGAAAAGGUAGCGCAAGUCAAAGAGUCGGUGGGUAAGUGGAUGAACGACCUCCGUAGAUCGCACGGCUGUCCGGAGUCUAUCCGGCAGAUGUUGAACCUCAUCCAGACCAAAAUGCUGGUAGUGGACCCAGCAGAACGAUGGGACAUUGGGAUGAUAUGUACUGAGAUCUGGAACAUAACAGAGCUUGCAGCGGAAGUGGACGAUCUGUUACAAUAUGCAGAAGGCAACGCGGGUGCGACAGACCACGAAAUUGUAUCGUCGAUCAAACGAGCGCGUCUGAUGUCCAUACAUUCCAGCAAUGGAGACCCCAAGGACGCAGCAGAUCUCAUGGAGGACAUGAGUCCAUUACGAAAUUGGGGUCUUCAAUCCGCUACUUUCAAUGCGGAGCAGUUCGAUGACUACGGCGACCGAGGCGACUCAUUCUAUCAUGACUCUUCUAAUACCACCACGACCACUCCGCUCUCUGGAUCGACACAGGAUUUGCCGAAUGUUCUCAUGUCAGAAAUAGCUCGGCAAGGCGAGACACCGCCAACCUGGCCAGAGAUGUCAGAGCUAGAGGGAGCAGUACAGCAACCAAGGCAAUGCCUGCCUAUUCUGGUAACUCAUCCAUAUCCGCCAAUACACCUCAACAAGUCCCGUAAGGCCCUUGAAGUGGACUGUUACAGCGUGUUGGACCUUCAAGGCUGCUACAUCAAGACUGCCAGUCCUGGAAGGACAUAUGGCCACGCACCGUACGUUAUGGGCCAAUAUGACCACCAUCCAUCGAACCACACAAGUCCUGCCUGUGGGACAGGCAUCAGUUAUUCCUGUCUAUAUAAGGCCCUUAUGGCCGCCGUUCACUUCGUCCAUGACUCCCCAGAGAUUAUGACACUUUCAAUACAAGACCUUUUGCCCACAAUCCAACACAACGCGGAAGUUGAUCGAUGA